UUUUUUUCUAUUUCAUAUUUGGGGGAAAACACUCACGGGGUGGUUCGCCCUGAAUCCAAUUUGUCUGUAUGGGUAGUGCAAGUGCUAGUCUCCUCCAACCAAUGGAUACAGAUUCUGCAAUUCCUAGAGAUAGAGACUUUGGCAUCUCCCAAUUCGGGUGUGAACACUACAAGAGAAGGUGCAAAAUAAGAGCGCCUUGCUGCAAUCUAAUCUUCCCAUGCCGACACUGCCACAACGACGCCGCGAACUCUUUACCUGAUCCUAAAGAACGACAUGAUUUGGUCCGACAAAACGUCAAACAGGUUAUCUGUUCAGUAUGUGAAACAGAACAAGAGGUAGCUCAAGUCUGUUCGAAUUGUGGUGUAUGUAUGGGGGAAUACUUUUGCAACAUAUGCAAUUUCUUUGACGACGAGACCUCAAAAGAACAAUUUCAUUGUGACGACUGUGGAAUUUGUAGAGUUGGUGGGCGUGACAAUUUCUAUCACUGCCAAAGCUGUGGAGCUUGCUAUUCAAUGGGACUGCGCGAUAAUCACUCAUGCAUUGAGAACGCCACUAAGAAUUCUUGUCCUGUCUGUUAUGAGUUUUUAUUUGAUUCCGUAAAAGCUGCACAUGUCAUGAGAUGUGGCCAUACUAUGCAUAUGACUUGCUUCGGACAAAUGAUCAAUGAACAACAGUACCGAUGCCCAAUUUGCUACAAGUCAAUGAUGGAUAUGUCUUCCUCGUGGCAAUUAUUAGAUGCCGAUAUAAGGGCAGCACAGAUGCCUAGUGAAUAUAACUAUGAGGUUGAAAUUCUUUGCAAUGACUGCAAUAAGAGCAGCAAAGCUAUGUUCCACAUUCUGGGACACAAGUGCGCGCAUUGUGGCUCUUACAACACUCGCAGGAUCUCAGCUCCACAAGACGCCCUCGCUAGGUGAAACAGAGUGACCAGUUUCUGAACCUAGAGAAUAGCAAACUCUUCUUGAUUGGUUCAACCAUAAAGCAGUAAUACCGCUCUGUGUUUUGCUUGUUUACAUAAAGUGAUCCGGCAAGCGCCAUUGGGUUUGCAAUGCAGGGUUUAGUCGCCUUGUAAUUGGUAUCCCAGUUGCUUUCGCCAACUACGGUUUUCUUAUAAAGUGUGUGAAACAGGAGGAACUAUUUUAAAGUAAUUGAACAUGGCAUUUUGCGCAAAAAGUCUGAACUAUCUUCUUAUAAAUAUAAGCCCAGCUUUUUUUUUC